UUUAGCGAGAAGCGACUUUAGGUUCAAAAACGUGUUACUGUUGGUUCUUUACUGAUCCUCUCAUAUCACAAACCCAAACAUUCUGAGGCCAUAAAAAUUCACUCUCUCUUCUGGUGUGUGUAGUCCAAAACGGGUGAUUGGAAACUGCUCCUUGAAUAUAGUGCUCCCACGUUAGAUGAAAAAAUUGCCAUCUCAAAAGGAUAGUACCAAGGGAUAAGAAAUUCAUCCCACUUUGGGCCACCCUCUGCUUGUAGUGUAGGACAGCAACGCGAAAAACUCCACCAUGCUGUCCUUGGCAAAUCCUUUCACUGCUUUCCCUCUUAGAAUUUCAUGUGCUUCCCGACAUAGCCAGGUUCGUUCCCUUGUAAUGGGACCCAUCAGAAGCAGUGGCGAGAAUGGCAACACCACCACCAGCAGUGAUGACGGAAAUGCAUCACCCCCUUCCCGAUCACGCAUAACACCACCAGAUACCGUAGAAAUACGGUUUCGAAGAGGUUCAAGGCAAAGGAGAAAGCAGCAACAAGAUGCUAAAAUCACAAUGAAUUCACGGGAUUCGACUCCCAAGGACUGGGAUUCGAUGAGUCUCACUGAGAAGGCAAUCGAGUUAUAUAUGGGAGAGAAGGGUUUAUUGUUUUGGCUUAACAAGUUUGCUUAUGCUUCAAUCUUCAUUAUUAUUGGAGGAUGGAUACUGUUCCGCUUUGUCGGUCCUUCACUCAACUUGUAUCAGCUAGAUACUCCUCCUUUGGCUCCGACUUCCGUGUUCAAGGGUUAGGAGAAAAAUCCUAUAGCAGGACUUUGGCCAACGGGCUGGGAACACUUCAUGUCAACAUUUAGGAUAUGUUUGGUACACGAACUGGACACUACUGUAGAUAAAAUUAGAACGUCUCUCUUCUUUUAUGUUGUCUUAGUACAGUCUCUAGCUUACCAAACAAGAACUCAAGCUAUCUUAAUGGGGCAAUCGAUCUUUCCCAUGCUUUUAAUUUCCCAAAUUUUGUGUUACGAGGCCUCGUUGUGGAGGAGUAAUUUUUAAAUUUUCAAAAGCCUUGUCAAAUGGAUAAUACACUAGCACUUGCAUUGAGUUGGAGGUGAGAAAUAAAUUGAACAAUGCUAUUCAUCUC